AUGUCUUCCUCAAGGGACUCUUUCUUGAACGCUCUUAGUAUGAAUGGAGGAGAAGGAGAACACAGCUACUCUAAUAAUUCUCGUCACCAGAGAGAUGUUAUCUCUAAAACACGACCGAUUGUGGAAGAGAACAUCAGAGAAAUGUUACUCAAGUUAAAUUUUCCUAAGCAUUGCAUCAAAGUAACAGAUUUAGGAUGUUCGUCCGGACAAAACACGUUUUUGGUCAUGUCUGAAAUCAUCAACACAAUCACAAAAUCAUACCAACAGAUAAAUCAAAGCAUACCAGAGAUCGAUUAUUGCUUAAACGAUCUUCCGGAGAAUGAUUUCAAUACAACAUUCAAAUUGGUUUCUUCGUUGAACAAAGAGGUUAAAGGAAACUGUUUCAUAUCGGGAGUUCCAGGUUCUUUCUACUCAAGGCUCCUUCCCAAGAAAUCCCUUCAUUUUCUUCAUUCAUCUUAUAGUAUUCACUGGCUUUCUAAAGUUCCUCAAGGGCUUGAAGAUAAUAAGAAGAAUGUAUACAUUAGUAGUGGAUGCUCUCUAAAUGUGUGUCAGAGUUAUAUGGAACAGUUCCAAAACGAUUUCUACUUAUUCUUAAGAAUGCGUUCUGAAGAGAUGUUGCCUAAUGGACGCAUGGUUCUCACGUUCAUAGGAAAAAAAGAUGUAGAUCCUUUAUGCAGAGACGGUUUCUACCUUUGGUCCUUGCUCUCUGAUGCACUCGUCGACCUAGUUUUGGAGGAGGUUGUGAAAGAAUCAGAAGUGGACUCAUUCAACUUACCGUUCUACCAACCGAACGAAGAAGAAGUUAGGGAGGUUGUCCGAAAGGAAGGCUCCUUUGAGAUUAAGAAAAUAGAGACACAUGAACUUCUUGUUUCCAACAAAACCGGUGAAGAUGAAGAUGAUGACUAUGAUGACCAAUCUCAUGGAAUCAAAAUUGGGAAAAAUAUGGCAAAUAUCACAAGAGCCAUCACCGAACCUAUGCUUGUUGCUCAUUUUGGUGAUACCAUUAUCGUUGACUGCCUCUUCAAGAAGUUUGUACACCAUGCGACCCAAAAUUAUGCUAGCUUCCCACGCCAAACAACGUUCAAUAUAAUCAUUUCUUUGAUUAGGAAAUAA